AUGCCGAAGGAACCCCCCAUCGAUGAAUUAAAUAAUACCUUAAAGGAAAUUGUUUAUAGAAGAAAAAAUGCUAAAGUAUUGAAAAAAUUGGCAAAAUCGACGAAUUUUGAUUAUCAAGAAGUCGAAGCACUAGCCCUCAUAAAACAAAAAAUUAACCGCAAAAUGGGACCUAUAUCUCGAAUUCCUUUUAGAGACAUUCUUCAUUCAGGAUUAGAUUAUACGGAAAAUUUACCACACCUAUUAGUCGAUAGAGUGUUUUCAGCUAUCGAUAAAAAGGAUUUAUCAUCACUAACUGUCGAUCAAUGGAUUGAAGGCUUUUCCAUCAUGUUGAAAGGCUCACUCGACGAAAGAAUUGAAUUUGCCUAUAAAGUUUAUGACUUAAUGAAAACGGAUAGCUUAAAGAAAGAGCAAAUAUUUCCAAUGAUGAGAGGAUGUCUGAUAAUGCCCAAACCUGAUGAGGAUCCAGACGAGAUGGUCAAGGACCUGUUAGACAUGAUGCUAAAAAAAUUGGAUGUCGAUCGUAACGGAAGGGUCUCACAAAUGGAGUUUACAGAAAUUGUCAAGAAAAAUGUACUCUUUUUAGAAUGCAUGGGACCAAUAUUCCCAUCACGUCAAGCUCAACAUGCAUUUUUAACUACUUUCAGCCACAGGAAACAUCGAUUUUAG